AUGGAAGAAAGAGCUACUAAUAAGUGCCCACAUUCAAAUUUAUCCAUUGAAGAAGCUGAGGAAAAUAAGAGUAAAUACAUGUGGCUAUUAACAGAUCCAGAUGAAUUCCCCGAGUUUGAACCUUGUGUAUGUACAACUGACUGUAAAGUAAAAAUGGUAAAAAUAAUUGACAUUAUCCUUUAUAAUCAUUAUAAAUUCUCAAGAGGUUACUUUGAAGAUUGUAAAAUGGUAUUUGGUCAUGGAGUGAAGGGUUUGAGCCUCUACGAAUAUACCAAUUUUAUUAAAAAAAAUCGUUUUAAAGAAAGAACCGAAUUAUUAACAAAUCUUCAGUAUAUAGAUGGAAAAGUUGUUAGAUUAUGUGAUGUGCCAAAAGAAAAUGAAGAAAAAAACAAAUAA